AUGGCCUCUAUCUCGAGCUCGCACCAAGUGACUGAUCCGUUCUACGGUCAUGAAGAGAUCGCGAAGCUUUGCGCGCGCUUUGUCAAAUAUCUGUUUGCAUGUCCGGACCUGCCGCCACUAUCCACCUUCAUCCUUCCCGCCGUCCCACUCCCCCUCGCGAACUUCAUCGCCUACACCCUCCAUCGGACGCGACUACACACAUCCGUCACAUUCGUCGCCCUCUACCUCCUUCGACGACUAAAAGCUCGCGUCCCCCCCAUGAACAAGGUCAUCUGCGACGACACAUACUCCAAUAAGUCGUGGGUCAUCGUUGGCAAGGACAUGUUCCCGUGUGAACAACUCAACAAGAUGGAGCGCGAAUUCUGCUUCUUCCUCAAGUGGCACCUCAACGUUGAGCCCUCAGCCCUCCAGGAGUUCGCGCACAAUGUCUGGCGCGACUUCCAGGGGCGAGGGCCUUGUCCAUAUGUGUACGUUCCCCCAUCCGCGCCAUCGUCUGCCAUGUCUCCCAUCACCCCCUACACCGCCGCGUCUGCGCCACAUGCGUCCCGUGGGCAGGCAACCUUGCGGUAG